AUGGCAUUGAAAAGAAUAAAAAAGGAACUUGACGAUCUAAGAAAGGAUCCACCAGCUCAAUGCUCUGCUGGUCCUGUGAGCGAUGACCUAUUUCAUUGGCAAGCCACAAUAAUGGGGCCUCCGGAGAGUCCGUAUCAAGGAGGUGUGUUUUUUCUUACAAUUCACUUUCCAACUGAUUACCCGUUUAAGCCACCUAAACUAGCCUUUACAACUAGAAUCUAUCACCCAAAUAUUAACAGUAAUGGAAGCAUAUGCCUGGAUAUUCUAAGGUCACAAUGGUCACCGGCAUUGACGAUAUCGAAAGUGUUAUUGUCUAUUUGUUCUCUGUUAUGUGAUCCCAAUCCAGAUGAUCCUCUUGUGCCAGAAAUAGCAAGAGUGUUCAAAACUGACAAAGAAAAGUAUGGUGAAGUCGCUCGUGAAUGGACUCGCAAGUAUGCCAUGUAG